AUUGUGCGCACUAUAUUAAAUGGCGUGUAAUAUUAAACAAACCUAAAUAAACAAAUGUUUUACACAGCUGUCAUUGUCACAGUCUCAUCUGCUUCACAGAUUCAUUGCAUAAGAGUUUUGGUGAUGUCAUGUGACACGCGUCACUUGAAAACAAUAGCCCGGUUUACGGGAGUAGCUGAAGAAUAUCAUCAUUAGACCACGACAUGUAUUUAAUCUCUUCACAACAGAAAAUGGCAUGGAUAUUAUUUGUUGGUUGAUUUUAACAAGAAAGUGAACAAGAUCUAGAGCUGUGAACAUGAAAAGAAAAGCCAUAAGUAAUAUGCCAGGUAAUCGAGUAAUUCCCAAGAAGACCAGCCACUGUUAUCACUGUUUUACCAUCUUCCAGGCAGGAAACCAUCAAAUCAGAUUGAAGCCCAGAAGAAAGAUCUCACACUCUGUCCAUAAGCUGCUUGCCAAAAGUAAAGGGUCUUCAAAACAGCUUGGGACUUUUCAGAAAAGGAUGGUCGACCUGUAUCUUCAGAGUAGAAAUAAGCUGGUAAUUUCUUGUUUUACCUGUAAGAAAACUGUAAAGAUGGCAUGUCAGAGUCACGAAGAAAGAAUACAACAGCUGUUCAAACCUGCUCCUAAAGAAAUAGAUGAGAAAGUGAUGACGAAGAACCAAAAGAAAAGAAAAAAGAGAAAGACGUUGAGACAGAAAAAGAAGUUCACUAAAUUCUUGUUUGACAAUGAAGAGGAAGCUUUAGCAGCUGCAAAGAAGAAAAACAAUAUUCCAGAAGAAGAUUCGGAACAGGCUCCAGUUCCUGGUCCGGAGAUGCCAGUCCUAACAGUUCCAGAAACUCAAACCAGAAAAACUACAGAGCCAAUUUUACACAAAAGUCUAAAUGUUACUCAGCCAUCUUUUUCUGUCAAGACACUUCACAAUGCAAGCAGGACUAGUGGUGUGUCUCAAAAUUCUGUUUCAAAGAAGAAGACUGCAGCUGUUGGUGUUGUGAAAUCAAAGAAAAAGAAAGGUCGAGAUCUUCACCAGCAGUUGCAAAAGGUUUUAGCAGCUGACAAAGAGAAAAAAUCUGGAAAUUCUUUACAAGAUUUUCUUACCAGCUUAUGACUGCUGAUUUCUUACCUGCGUACAAAUGUAUAGUUUGUGUGACUACAGAGUAAUCGGAAAUACUUGCCAUUCCAGUGUUUGUUCUGAAAAACAAAAGUACCAGAUCACUGAUGUCAUCUUUCACAGGCUGAUUUUAUUAAGAUUUUUUUUUUAAUGGUCAGUUGUGUUAGCCGUCAUCUCCUUUAUUAGUCCCCUACCAGUCCAAACUGAAGGGACUAUAGAUUUCGCCUCUAUCCUUCUGUCUGUCUGUCCCACGUAAUAAAGUUUUCCAGACUU